GUGGACAAUGAACUUGAUACGAAGUGCUGCAAAAUUGUCACCAUCCAACAAGUCGAUUCGUCUGCUUUCUCAACGUGGAUUGGGUGAGAUCGGCAAGUGUCCAAACAUCAACGAGACUAUAUUUGUCUCGUUAACUUGGUGGUGUGCAUUGCUUGCUUCCAUUAUCAUUCAUUCUGGCAAUGUUACCGUCUCUCGCUAUGGAAUAGACCUAUAUACCAUUGUAUUAGUUCUGCAUUAAGUUCGCCUUCUUAUGAAACCCUAAAACUCGGUUCAACCCACAAAGAUUUUUCUUUCUUGUGAGCCCUUAGACCACACAAUAUUUUCGAUGCUGUUUCAAUAAGCGCGUGUUUACUAGGAAAAAUCACAUGUACAUUCCCAACUUGCCUCUAGCCAUUUUCAUUUACUAUUUACCAUGUAAUCUAAUUUCUUAUGACUGCCUGAAUGAAGUGUCAUCCUUUCGGUCGCCAUGGACCUCGCUGAAGAAGGAUCCGAAUCAAGCUAGAAUGCAUAUCAUAUCCCAAAACAAAAGAAAAGAACAAAACAAAAAUCCAAGACCAAAAACUACUGCGAGAGGCGAUGCUACGCCAUGGCAGGGUGAAAGACGGUUACUCGCUCUAGGGCUGACCAGCUUGAUACGGCUCCAACAAAGAGAUGGCAGAGUAGCUAGAUGAAAUCGCGAAAGAAUAGAUCGGGAAAGAAUGCUGCUUUGAGAUCCAAAAAAGACAUGGAGCGAUGAACAGAUAGAUCCGGUCUCUUUUUUUUUUGCGGGCAGAUGGAGGAUUGUGAAAUGCCGAGUCCGACGCCGUCACGGAUGGGCGUAAAAUUGCCCUGCCAAAACGAAGCUCACAUGAGUAGUGUCCGCAUAUCCAUGGUCCGCGAGCAACUCCGCCGCGUCAUCGACGAAGAUAGCUACGCGCCGCACUACGUGCCAAUAGGCCCUUACCACCGCAGUCGCUCGUCUCCAUGGAUCGAGAAAACGAAGAAGCGCUCUGCCGGCUUCCUGCAAAGCCUGUCCGAGGAACAUACGGAAGGUGGCCUCACGGGCGUGAUGGAGAAGCUGGAGCCCCUCGCAAGGGAGCUCUACACCUCCGGCGGCGGGCUCGGCGACAUGACGCCGGAGCAGUCGUCGAGCAUGCUGCUGCACGACGCGUGCUAUCUGCUCCUCUUCUUCGUCGACUACAUGUCCGGCAACCGCGCUCCUCCAGCUCCAGCUGAUGAUGAUGAACAUCCGGUCAGCCGCAACACCUUGGUACGCGACGCCGUCUUCCUCCGCGAGAACCAGAUCCCUUUCUUCCUCCUCCAGGGUAUCCACGAGCGUGUCACGGGAGGCACCACCUCCGUCCUCGACUACAUAGCCAUGCCCAUCCAGGAGCUGCUGCAGCAGCAGCUCUUCAUCAGCAGGAAGCCCCGGCCGCCGCCACCGACGUGUUCUCACCUGCUGCACCUCGUGCACGCCUACUUCCGUCCCACGCUGCAGCCGACCAAGAGCGCGGCCAUGUGCGGCACGGUGGUGACGGGCCGGUGGCGCCGGGCGGCGGAGUACAGCAGGUACGCCAACGUUCGGCUCAUGCGCCGGGACUUCCAGGACGGCGUGGAGUCCUCUGUCCUGGACGUGCAGCUUGAAGGAGGCACGCUGUGGAUCCCUCGCCUGCGUGUGGACAGCAACACGUGGACGAUCCUUCGCAACCUGAUGGCGCUGGAGGAGCAGGCGCACCGGAGGCCGGUCACGGCGUACUGCCUCUUCAUGUCGCAGCUGGCCUGCACGGCGGAGGACGUCCAGCUCCUGCGGCGGGCAGGGAUCGUCGACCACUUCCUGGGCAACGACGAGCAGGUCUCUAAAGACUUGGCUGGUCUCUGCAACGGGGUGGUCAUCGACAUCGACGACCUGGACAGGAACUACCUCAAGCCCAUGUGGCACCAGCUAGAGAACCGCUUCUACAGCCGUGCGGAACGAUUCAUAGGGGGGUUCCGCCACGGCCAGAGCUGGGAGAUCACUGCGGCGUUCCUCAUGGCUCUCAUCGUCAUCGCCUGUCAAGCGAUGCAAACGUUCUAUGCAGUUGCUCGCGGUGGACACUAACCCAAACAUUAUUGUUCUUCUCCCGUUGUUGUUCCUGUCCUCACCAUUUUCAUGUUUUUUUUCGUAUUUGAACUUGGAAAGAUUAUGUCUGUGCCACUAGCCCACGCGGAAAUGUAUUUCUCUAAUUUGUGGACAAGCCACCAACUCUGGCGGAAACUUUCGACGA